UGUGUGUGAAAGAGAGACAGACUGCAUGCAGCUCACCGUCAUUCAUCUCUUAGAAGGAAGAGAGGAAAUCUGCAGAAAGGCAAGGAGAGUUUAAUAAAAACUAAGGAUGUUUUUUUAACCAUCAAUUCUAACCUGUAUCUCCUCCUGUUCAGACUUUAAAAGGUGCAAUUUUCUUUGCAAUCCAUUUUUUAUAGUGUGCUGUGAUACUGUGCUGCUGCAGGUUCAGCUACUGUGUGGAGAUACUUCUGAUUCUUUCCAAGAAUUAUUUUCCUACAAACUACAGACAAACUAAAGUAAAGCCAUAGCUGUGCCUGCUGUUUUUUUUCUUCUUUUUUUGAACAAAUUCCAGCAUCAGGAGCAUCCAUUCCAAAGUGAAUCUCUGCCAAGCAGGGACAGAGUGAGGGCGUGCUCUCUUUUAUGCGGUUUGCACAAAAGCUUGGCUUCUUUUCUGGAGGUGAAGAACGGGGUGACCUAAAGAGGAAGCACCAAGGAUCAGAGUGCUCCAAGAAAAGCUCAGUCAAAGAGGGGGAGAAGGAGGAGGAGGAGGAGGGUGCUUCCAACUGGGGAAGAGCAUCCUCUCAGCCAAGAAACACAUACCAAUAAGACUAAAACAACAGGUUUGUCUUUUAUGAGAAAGCCCAGCUGCGACAUUAAAACUCCCCCCAGUGUAGAGAUCCUGCGAGCUCACAUCCAGGAAGAACCAGCUCAGCCUGCAGAAUGGAUCUCCCUCCAGUCAGAGAUAUGUCUGAUGUCCCGUGAGAUUUGGGAGGCCCCCAGCAUCCUGCCCUGGUGCCACACAGCUGGCUAACUAGGAUGGAGCACACCCAUUCUCUGAGAAAUGAGCUAGACUCAGUACUUUCAAUAGAGCAGAUCCGUGCUAUCCGGGCCAACAAUGACUAUGUGGAGAGACCGGUGGCAUUGGAACCGGCAUCCCAGUCAGGAUUCUACUACGCCCAUGAGGACCGUAUCGUAUACAGCCAUCACCCCCAGCCUUCCUCUCUCUCCUCUGCUCUGUCCCGUAGUCAGAGUCAGCAGCAGCAUGCUCAUCUGGCCCACCUGAGCCGCUCCAGCACAGUAAGCUCCUCCAUUUCUCGAACCAGCGCCACGUCCGACCAGCGGCUUCUGGCAGGUUUGACUUCAUCUCACUCUGGCUUUAGCACGGCUGUCCACUUUCAGCCUAAAGGGGAGCUUAAGUCCGACACUUCAUUUGGUAAAGGGCUAACAGAUGAUGAACAUUUGUUCAUCUGUGAGAGGUGCGGUCGAUGUAAGUGUCAAGAGUGCUGCAACCCCCGCCGGCUUCCAUCUUGCUGGGCUUGCGGACAACGAUGUCUUUGCUCCCCUGAGACCGCCGUGGAGUACAGUACAUGCUUGUGUUGUGUGAAAGGCCUGUUCUAUCACUGUUCUGCCCAAGAUGACGAGGAUAACUGCGCUGAUCGGCCAUGCUCCUGCACUUCAGCCCACGCCUGUGCUCGCUGGAGCACCAUGGCCCUGCUGGCCCUCUGUCUGCCCUGCCUCUGCUGCUACCCCCCUGCCAAGAUGUGUCUUGCACUAUGCCAGUGUGCCCAUGACCGAGCCACACGGCCUGGAUGCAGGUGCAGCAACACCAACACAGUGUGUCGCAAAAUUUCUGCCUCCAACCCUAAUGCUGGUUACCCCCCGCUGCGAAGCAAAGACCUGGAAAAGUCCCUAUGACAUAUUUAGAGAAGGGAAAUGACCAAUGCAAAGUGGAGAUACCGGCAUCCACCUGCCUUCAGAUAUACCGACCCAACAAACAUGCUAUGGAAGCGUUAUUCUCCUAGUACACUUUGAAUUUGAAUCUCCAGCUCACGGGGGACCAACUAUUUAUUGUGCCUGUUCAUGUUGGAGAGCUAAUGCCUGAAACCGGGAGCUCAGCUUGAAGGAGAAACCAUCAGUUUACCUUUUAACAAUUCUCAGACAGCAAGAACCUCUCUUUGCCUUUUGUCACGUUAUCUCAACCUGAUAAAAUCUAUUUAUUUAUAGUGAAACCUCCUUCCUCCCCACCCUGAGCAAAGAGUCUGAGCAGAACACAGAGGGAAGCGACCGACCGAGAGAGAAAGGAAAGGGGCCCCUGGCGCUGUGUACAAUCUUUGCCAACAGGCGUUCUGCUCUCCUGGAACAGAAAUCUAGAUCAAGUACUCAAAUUAAUCCUAAGAUGCAUUUCUUACAAUACAAGGAGAAAAGGGAAAUAUGAACGUUUUUUUGCUAUGUUGAACGCUUGACUAGGGCUAAGCAAAGCAUCAAGGACAUAUAGUGACUGUACCCACAAUCUGAAACCAAAAAUGGGACCAUGCACUGUACCGAGUGAGUUUAAAUGUUAUUAAAGGGGCCCUGUCACGUCGUAUGCUAAUGAAGAAAACACAACAAAACAUAUAUUCUUCUUCAGAGAUAUACGCCAAGCGUUUCUCCCGCUAGUGUUUACUAAGCUGUUUUUAAGCCUGAAAAAGAAUGUUUGCAGAAGCAUUUAGCGAUUGGCGUAAAAAAAAAACAGAAGCUAGGUAGUAUUUUCAGAAUGUGACGGGGCCCCUUUAAGAUUGUUUGUUAGAGAAAAACACUGUGAGGUGGAUGGACGAUUUUUUCUGCCCAGAACUGAACUGGGAAUUAUUUAACCAGAGAGGAUGCAUCAGUUGUGUCAUGGUAGCGUGUGAGGCCGUGUGCAAAUGUGUCUAUGCGUCCUCCUGCUGUACAACCUUUGUGCGCAUGUUGUGUGUGUGUGAGUGUGUUGUUUGGUCAGCAGAAGAAGCCUCCUUGUCUUUAUUUUUAGCUUUAUUCAAGCACCAGGGGUCUGGUCAGGUUUCCUCUUCAAGUCAGUCUGUCGCCAGCCUCACGGUGCUCUCCAACCUCCAUCUUCCGUCUCCACCUCUCUUUUUUAUCUAUGCGCUCAACCACCAAUCAGGUAAUACCAGGGUUAGGAUUAGCUCUGUUAAUAGCCAACAUUAGCUUUGGAAGAACUUGGUUUUAGAUCUUAGAAAAUGAAACGUUUUGAAGCAAUGCCGUCUGAUGAAGGCUGAGCUCAAAGAGAUGGAAGAGAACCACGAUUCAACAAAAAAAUAUGCAAGUGGCCUUUAUAUUGUAUCUCCCUACUGCCUCGUCUUUCUUCCCUCUACAGCUCAGAGGGCUAAAAGCCUCGAGUUCCAGGCCCACAGAGAGUUGAUCAAACAGGCAAUUAGCUUCCUGUUAGCCCUUAAUGGGCCAUAGAAGACUGGAGUGUGGGAGGGAGAGAGGAGAGCCAACAGGAUGCAAAGAGUUGUGGUGUUUGGCAGAUGGAGAGAGGGAUGCUAAGAGGGGAAAAAAAGCUUGAUAUUGCAAUGAGGUCAUCCUUUUUUAUUUCAGCACUUCAGACUUCGAUGCAGGGGUAAUGCAAGAGAGAUUCUCCAAAAGGGAGCUUCUAAAGUAAACGAAAACAACAAUCACGUUGAUUUGGGUGUGGAUUAGUAUGAAGGUGGGGGCAUAUGCAAACAUGUUUAAUGUCUGUGUGUGUGAGUUUAAGAAUGAUUGCAUUUUAGCUUGUCUGAGCACUUAAGCACUGACCUUCACACUGACCUGUUUGUUUGCUAUAUUUUUAUAUGUAAUUUGGGACCAUCUACUGUAUAAAUAUUUUUAUUCUGUUUCAUGUUCUGACACUUAUUGUUUUCCAUUUGCAAUGUCCUGUUUUACCAAACACUGGUGAGCUUUUCAGAAACGUUUGGGGCAACUCUCAGGUGCUGCACAGAUCCCAAUUACAAAAGGCAUUGUGAUAAAGAAAACUGUUCUUUUUAAAAUUUAAAGCU